AGUGAGCUUUGACCUGGCACCUGGCAGAGGCGCGUGCGGUGCUGGGGGAUGGAUGGCACAGACCUUUGUCAAACAGGUGGUGCCUUAGCCCAGCACGGGUGCCCGAUGAUGCCUUGUUUCUCAUGCCGUGGCUGAACUCAUGACCCCCUUGCCAAUCCUCCUUUCUCCGAAAACCUGAUCCGGAAUGCGUGCUAGGCUGUGUAGAGGAUUUCCUGAAAAAAAAAAAUAAAUCUGUGCUGGACCAACGCCUGUGGCAGGCUGCAGGGACACUGCUGUCCGGGAACGUGAGCAGCAGUCUGUGUGUCCUGCACGUGUCACAUGGCCCCUUAGUCUGACUUCUGCUCCCAGGCAGCUCUGCCAGGAGCUCCUGGGCUGUGUGCUGUUUAGGGAACCCUCCUGCCAAGGGUUUCCUUGGUAGAAAAAAAUGAAAUGUUGAAGAGGAAGUGGGCCAGUUUUGCUGCUGCAGAGGUGCUAAGAGGACCGUUAUGUCUAACAAAAGUAAUGAAAAUUUGUAAGUCAGAAUUGCUCCCUGCAAGCAGUGGUGUUUCCAGGGUUGUAUAAUACCACUGCUUUUAUCUGUGAGGAGGGUAUGGCUGAUGUAAGAUGCUACAGCGUCUGCCUGCCGUGCCAGUUCAGUUGAUCAAGGACUCUGUACAGACACCGGUGCUUUUUUCCUGCAAAGGAAGGCAGUGCAUGGCCCUUUUAAAGUUUUGAAUUCUUACUGGUGUGUGGAGUUCCUUGCUGCAAUGUCCUGAGUCAUCAGUGAAGAGAGUCUACUGAGCAAUAGCGGCAUAAAAUGUAGAACAUACUGGGUGUAAUUUAUUUAAACGGUUUCAUGGCUAUGGCUUUUGAAAUUCUUGAGUGAAAUAUCAAAUGUUUUUAUAUUGACUUUUGAAAUGCUGAGUCUUGGAGACAAACUCAUAUGAAGUGCAAACUAUUUCUCUUGCUUAUGAGCAAGAAGAAGGAGCCUGUGAAAAGCCAGAACUGCUCCCAGGUCUGCCUGAGGACAAAAAGCUGUUUCAUAUGAAGGAUUCUCAAGUGUGUCAGAUUGCAAGACGCGGCAGGACAGAGGCUGUUUGCAAAUAGCAGCCUGGCGGUUGGAGUUGAGCUGCUGCUAGAAAGGCUACAAAGGCUUGUAGUCGGACAAAUGGCGUUCAGUAGGCUAACCAGACUGCAGUGCUAUUUCCUUCCCUUGCCCCCUUCCCUUCUGCAUCGUGAGCACCUCCCAGCCCUUCCUUUCUGUGCCUCUGGCGUGUAGCCUGCAUGAAGUCUUUCUCUCUGCCCUAUUUCUGUUCCUAACCUAGCUUGUUUGCAUUCUGGCUCCACAGCACUGUAAGAUCCUGUCUUGGCUCUGGCUCCAGAUGAGCUCUGCUCAGAGGGUGGCCAGGGAAGCCCUCUCUGGGUCACUCCAUGCCCUGUCCCUGCUGCCCCAUCCUUCCAGCACCAUGGCUUGUUGCUCCAUCUUUUGGUUAUGCCGUUUCAUCUCGGCCUGGACCAGAGGAGGCUGAUAGGAUGGGAGAAGGGGAUGAGGCAGACUGGGAGGUCAGCCGUAGAAAACGAAUGGAGACAAACAAGCUUGAGGGAGAGAGGGGGUGUGAUAGCUUACAUCAGCUCUUCGAGCUCGGCAUCUAGCCCAGCCUCAUGUCACAGCGAGAGCUCAGACAGCGGUUUCCAGUCGUCCUCUUCGCCUGUACCAUCUCCUCCAAACAGCUCCUCCUCGGAAAGCGGAUGCAAUGGCCGCAGCAGUGAAGGCUCUGACGGGGCGCCGAAGAGCGAUCGGCUGGAGGAGACUAUUAAAACAAACCAGUCGAGUGUUGCUGGUUUGACAAAAGGCCAUAAUGGAGUCACAAAAUUUAAUGGCAUGGUUCUCCUUUGCAAAGUCUGUGGAGAUGUCGCUUCAGGAUUUCAUUAUGGUGUUCAUGCCUGUGAGGGCUGCAAGGGUUUUUUCAGAAGAAGCAUUCAGCAAAACAUCCAGUAUAAGAAGUGCUUGAAGAAUAACAACUGUUCUAUAAUGAGAAUGAAUAGGAACAGAUGCCAGCAGUGUCGUUUCAAAAAAUGCCUGUCUGUUGGGAUGUCAAGAGAUGCUGUUCGAUUUGGCCGUAUUCCCAAACGUGAAAAACAGAGGAUGUUGAUUGAAAUGCAGAGUGCCAUGAAAACCAUGAUGAACAGUCAGUUCAGCGGUCACUUGCCCAGUGAAGCAUUGGCAGAACAUCAAGACCAAGCACCUCAAGAAGAUCUUUCCUCCAAGCCCAAACAAGAGCGAGAAACCAUCAAAAGCCCUUCUCCCCCUCCUAGUGCUGACAUGGCUAAGGAGGAGGUGAUCGGUAUGGUCACCAGGGCCCACAAAGACACUUUCAUGUACAACCAAGAACAGUCCCAAAACCCAGCAGAGAUGAUGCAGCCUCAGAGUGGGGAGAGAGUGUCAAAGAGCACAGAGCAGUACAUCUUGAGCGGCGAGCACUGUGUUGGUGGCCUCGGUGGCCCUCAGUACCCUGACAGGGAGCAGCACCUUGGUGGACAGUACAAAGGGAGAAGCACAAUGCAUUAUCCAAGCGGGCACCCUGUGUGCUUCACAAACAGCCACUGCAUGAAUUUCCCCAGUGGUUACACUCAGCGAAUGUGUGAGAGGAUCCCAGAAGAUGGCUUUUCUCCAAACAAGAAUGCCACUUACUCUUGCAGCACUGGAGGAAGAAUGCAUCUGGUCUGCCCAAUGAGUAAGACUCCCCAUGUGGACCCAAACAAGUCUGGCCAUGAAAUCUGGGAAGAGUUUUCCAUGAGUUUUACACCUGCAGUAAAGGAAGUGGUGGAGUUCGCCAAGCGCAUCCCAGGUUUCCGAGACCUCUCCCAGCACGACCAGGUCAAUCUUCUGAAGGCUGGGACCUUUGAGGUUUUAAUGGUACGAUUUGCAUCUUUGUUUGAUGCAAAGGAACGUACUGUCACCUUCCUGAGUGGCAAGAAGUACAGUGUAGAUGACUUGCAUUCAAUGGGAGCUGGUGACCUACUCAACUCAAUGUUUGAAUUUAGUGAGAAACUAAAUGCCCUGCAACUUAGCGAUGAGGAAAUGAGUUUGUUUACAGCUGUUGUCCUGGUAUCUGCUGAUCGCUCCGGAAUAGAAAAUGUCAAUUCUGUGGAGGCACUUCAGGAAACACUAAUCCGUGCAUUAAGGACCUUAAUUAUGAAAAAUCACCCAAACGAAGCCUCUAUUUUCACAAAACUUCUUUUGAAAUUACCCGACUUGCGUUCCUUAAACAACAUGCACUCUGAAGAACUGCUGGCCUUUAAAGUUCACCCAUAGGCCUUUAGGUCUCAUUUGUACUUGGACUUGCCUCGUGUUAAACUGUUUUGUGCUAAAGUAUGUAUUUAUACAGUUGUACCACUUGUUGGAGAGAGUUCACAGACUGUGAACAGUUGAUAGCUGUCCCAUAACCAUGCAGUAAAGCUUUGGCAGGUGCUUUCAGCUGACGGCGGCGCAGCCUUCGGAAUCCUCCACGGCAUCCAGGCCCAGCUGUGCCCACUCCUGCAGAAGAGGCUGCGAUGAGCCCGAGUGAAUACGGACUCCUCUUUCAUUUAGGAGAAAGAACCACCACUGCCCUCUGACGUAAACUGAAUGCAAAGUAGCUGUGUAUGUGCUUAUGGAGCAUGGAAUGGGGUGGGAACAAUCCUGUGCUAAUAGGAAAAUGGAAGAGCUGAUUUAAUUGGUCUUUCACUUAUCUAAUAGAUGUAUGUCUGUGUCUCUUGAUAACUCACUCAUGGUUUCACUGUUGUUAUUCCAUUAAACCCGAUGGAAUGGUUUCAGCCUGCACCAACUCUUCACUGAGCGUGUGUUCAUGCCAUGUGUAUAUAAUAUAAAUAGUUAAGUAGUGAGUGUUUAUGGCUAUAUAAAGUACAGAGUUGUGUGUAUAUAUGUGUAUGUAUAUAAAUAGUUCUAUACAUAAAGUAUACAUAUAAUUUCUUCACAAUAUUUUAAACUGUGAAGGAAUUUAAACUUAAAACAGAAGGUGAUCUAUGGAAAGAACCAAAUAGAUGCACUUUGCAUAUUGCUGAACUAAUUAUCUGAGCAUUUUUUAGAAAACAUCGAAUUUGCAUUAAUAUGCUGUGUUUGUUAAUUUAAAAAAAAAAAAAACAACCAACAACCAAGAGUGGCACUAAAGAGGCAGAGUCAGAUUCAACUUCCAGAAGGGUUUUGUAGAGAAUCUCAAGCAGAGAUGGUUGGUUGUGGCACUAAUGAGAUGGAUUGUCCAUUGCCACUGAGGUUCUUGUGUUGUGAUAAAGGUUAAAUAAGCACCAGAUGCUCUUCAAAAACUUCAGCACAGCCAGAAAGAAGCCGUCAGAAUUAAUAGCAACGUCUGUCAGAAAAAGAAAAAAUGGGAAAAAUGUAUCCAUGGUUGCAUUCGGGUGUAUGUGUGUUCUGUGACUGUUUAUUUCUUGCAAUACAUCAUUUUGCUGCUUCAUUGCUAAAUGAGAAUUGAAAACAGAACUGUGAGAUUCCCCACAUCUUUUCUCCAUUUGGGCUUUGUGGUUCCCAUGCCUGUUCUUCUGGAGCUCUCCAUUGGUGUGUGUGCAUGUGAGCGUGUGUGAUGUGCAGAGAAGGUGCAUUAGAUGAUCUGGAUUUUUUUUUUUCUUAAAAAAACACCACAAAAACCAACCAAACAAAUGGGACUUUUUUUUGUCGUUUAUGCCAGUAGCAAAUUACAGAGCAGAUCCACAAGACCUAAGAUUCUGCUGCUUUUCCAUCUAGGAAAGCAGCUCUCCAUGGGGGUUUUUCCAUUUGUAGCAGGACCUGGCACCAGAAAAGAGAGAUUAAAAGAAGUCAGAGCAGUUGUGUUAAUUAGUUACGUUAAUGUUUUGCUAAUGUGGGAAGAAGAUGGUCCAUCACCCUUGUUCAGUUAAGUUGUCUUAGAGGUAGCCCUCAGGGUCUCUAGUGUUUGGCUACUCUUGGGAGGGAGUCUGCUUCUGGUGGUCAAGGCCAGGACAAAGGAAGCCUCCAGCCUGCAGAGCUCCUGCCUGCGCCACAGUGGGUUGAGAGGAGCCCUCCUGCCUGUGGUGGAGCUGCAGCAGAAGCAGACCUGUGCCUGCUGCUCAGCAUCAGGAUCUGGGAUGGGAAGAGGGAGGGCUCGCACCCUGCCAUGCUCUCCUCGCCUUUGCGCUGGGGAUUCCACCUCGGACAGGAGGAAGGGGCUGAGAGCAGGCAGGGCAAGUGCUUGAUAAGAGGUGGGGAAAAUUCAGCUGUAACCUUGGCUGAGGAGCAGAAGAGCCCCCACCCUUUCCCCAGGCAGGGCUGUCCUGCUUCAAGCUGCUCUAACCACUGGGUAAUGGCCCUUUUGUACAUGCAGUUUUGCUACCCAAAUGUUCUAUCAGGGCAUAUUGUCCUAAUUUCAGUUAACAGCCUGCAUCCUACCAGUAUUAUUUGUUUGAGAGCUUCACUGAAUUAUGCAUCGAACCAUUCAAACUUUAGAGAGGACACAGUCACAUGUUUUUUAUUGUUUAGUUGCUGAAAUGACUUCUUUGUGGACCCCAUUUCAAACGUGGAAAGUACAGUUAGCCCUCGGUUGUUUCAGGAGGGAAGAAGGCUUCUUACAGAGAUUGCCACCCUACAGCUGUGUUUUGUUGUGUUUUGUUUUAUUUUUUUUUCUUCUUUAAACUGUAUUAUUAAGCCUUUAGGAAUGUAUAACCAGGACCGAGUAAUUACUGCUUAUUAAAUUUUUUUAGUUAGAUUGACCAUGUAUGCCUAUAGAUAGAUAUUCUAACUUGUGCAAUUUCAUUUGAAAUAAUCUUCCUGUACAUAAUGGAAAAACUCACAUAACAGAAAAAAAAAGUCCCAAACAGAUUGACUGAACAAAAAGCUGAUUAAAGAAUGGUUCAAAAAUGACCCAUGUAUUACAAACCCUAGCUGGACUCUUAGAAGAAAAUCUAAACUCAUUGUGUUAGCUGUGUAUUGUGAGCUCUUCUUUUACUGUGUCACUGGUUAUACACUUGUUAAAUGCUGAGAUAAUAGACUUCAUGCCAGGCAUUUGAGUACUGUAGAUUGGGUCAUUGCUGAAAGAUUAAUGUACUGUAUGACUUAAAUGAAAUUUUUAUUCUUGAUUUUAUUCUUGAUUUUGUUCUUGUUUUAAAAGAUUAAAUAUGGGCAUUAUGUCAGCAAGCUAAA